AUGUCUGUCCCGAACGCCACUUAUACCUUGUCAACGACGAUGAACGUUACAGAGAUGACACGCGAACCAGAAGACCCAUACCAGUUCGUAUUACCAUGGUGGCAACAGACGAUAUUUUACUUUGCAUUCGCUGCGAUUCUGCUGAUUUCUGCCGGCGGCAACCUUGUCGUCAUCUGGAUAGUUUUGGCCCACAAACGCAUGCGAACGGUCACCAACUAUUUCCUUGUCAACUUGGCUCUGGCGGAUUUCCUCAUCUCUCAAUUAAAUCUUCCGUUUACGUUUCAAUACUUGUUGUAUCAAGACUGGUGGUUCGGAAUAUUCUUCUGCAAACUAUCGUGUUUUAUAUCCCCGUGCACUAUCUCUGCAAGUGUUCUUACCUUCAUGGCCAUUGCCGUUGACAGAUACAUCGCCAUUCUAUAUCCGCUUCGACCACGCAUGCCAAAACGUCACGUGAUUGUGGCCAUAAUAUUAAUCUGGCUCUUCUCGAUAGCAUUGGCAUUUCCGAAUCUAAUUUACUUUGAAACGGCUACUAAUCUUGCCGGUACGAUCUGCUUUAUCACGUGGUCAAUAGAAACGGAUCUAGCGUACAACCACCUUCUUCUUGUACUGAACUACCUGUUACCGUUGCUCACGCUUGUCUCCGCCUACUCGCGCGUUGGUAUGGAGCUAUGGGGAAGCAGGGCUAUUGGGGAGGAGACGUCAAUCCAGACAGAUAGGGUCAAGUCGAAACGAAAGGAGGUUAAAAUGAUGAUCGUGGUGGUUAUAAUUUUUGGUAUGUGCUGGUUACCAAUGCACGUAUACUAUCUGCUGACCAGCCACUAUAGAUCUAUAACCGAAUACAAAUACAUCCAACAGAUCAAUAUAAUCAUCUAUCUGAUGGCCAUGAGUAACUCCAUGUAUAACCUGAUAAUCUAUGGAUGGAUAAAUUCUAGAUUCCGGGAGGGGUUCAUUCACGUGCUCUGCUGGUGCCCGUGUCGCCGUCGCAAGAGAAUGUGA